AAAUAAUAUAUUUUUUUUUUUUAAUUAAUCGACAAGUAAAAUAAAAUAAAUAAAAACACAACAGAAUAAAUAAACUAAAUAAAAUAAAAUAAAAUAAAAAAAUAUAAUCUUUUAUAUAUGAUAAAAUGUCAUUCAUCAAUUCACCUAAUGAUCAAUUGAGAAUCAAGUGUAUAUUAGGAGAUGAUAUUCGAAUUAUUAAAGUAAAUGCAAAUGUAUCAUAUGAUGGAUUAAUGAAUCAAUUGGAGCAGGAUUUUAAUACACCAAUUCUUAUUCACCAAUAUGAAGAUUAUGAAGGUGACAAAGUUACAGUAAAGAGCGAAUAUGAUAUAAUGGAGGCAAUCUCAAUGUAUUUUGAAUUAAAAUCAUUAAAUCCUUCAAAAAUUAUAUCAACUAAAUUCUUUUUAAAACAGGGAUCUCGUAAUGGUAUGAAUGGUGUUAAUAACAUUAGACCUUCUUCACCAAUUAUAAUGAAUAAUAAUAAUAAUAAUAAUAAUAAUUUAAAUAAUAUAAAUAUAAAUAUAAAUCAAAGUAAUAAUAUAGUAAAUACAGAUUUUCCAUCAUUAAUUAUAAAUGAACACGAAGAAUUAAUAUCAAAUCAUGCAAUUAGAUGGCAAAAGGGUCAAAUUUUAGGAAGAGGUGGAUAUGGUGCAGUUUAUUUAGGUUUAAAUAAAGACACUGGCGAACUAUUUGCUGUAAAACAAUUAGAAAUGACUGAUAUGACAAAUGACCCAAAAUUAAAAAAUAUGAUUUUAUCAUUCAGUAAAGAAAUUGAAGUUAUGAAAUCAUUAAGACACGAAAAUAUUGUAAGAUAUUUGGGUACAUCAUUGGAUCAAACAAAUUUAAGUGUAUUUUUAGAAUAUAUUCCAGGUGGAUCAAUUUCAUCGUUAUUAAGUAAAUUUGGAGCAUUUAGCGAGAAUGUAAUAAGAGUGUAUACCAAACAGAUUUUACAAGGUUUAUCAUUUUUACACAGUAAUCAAAUCAUACAUAGAGAUAUUAAAGGUGCAAAUAUAUUAAUUGAUACUAAAGGUACUGUUAAGCUAUCGGAUUUUGGUUGUAGUAAAUCAUUCUCUGGUAUUGUGUCACAGUUUAAAUCAAUUCAAGGUACCCCCUAUUGGAUGGCGCCCGAAGUAAUAAAGCAAACUGGUCAUGGAAGAUCAUCUGAUAUCUGGAGUUUAGGUUGUGUAAUUGUAGAAAUGGCAACUGGUUUACCACCCUGGUCAAAUAUUAAUGAAUUGGGGGCCGUUAUGUAUCAUAUAGCUUCAAGCAAUUCAAUUCCUAUGAUACCUGACCACCUAUCGUCUGAAGCUUUUGAUUUCCUACAUCUUUGUUUCAAUAGAGAUCCAAAAGAAAGACCUGAUGCUAAUCAACUUUUAAAGCAUCCUUUUAUAACAAACUUAGACGAAUCUUGUAUAAAUUUAGUAACCUCAUUAAAUCAAAACAAUAAUUUAUUAAAUAUUAAUCAACCACCACAAACAUUAUCAUCAUCACCAAAUGGAUCAAUUAUAAAUAAUAAUAUAAAUAAUAAUAAUAAUAAUAAUAGUAACAACAGUAAUAUUAAUCAACAGCAAUCACAACAACAAAAUCAAACAAAUGUAUCAGCUGCAUCAUCAUCAAGUGGUGGUACUGUUAGAAAUAGAUUUUCAAUUAGCUCAGGGUCAACUAAAAAUAAUAGAUAUACACCACCUUCAACAGCAAAUUUAAUGUUAAAUUCCCAACAGCAAUUAACUUCAUCAGGUUUAUCAACAUCAGGUCAACUUUUAGGUAUAAAUUCGUUAUCAAAAAUAUUAUUAAUUCAAAUCUUUAAAAACUUUUUACCUAAAAAUGUUGGUGUUUUAUCAAGAGUAUGCAAGAAAUGGAGAAUAGCAUGUGAAGAUGAAGAUUUAUGGUUAAAAUUUUAUUCAGAGCGUCUAAUCAAUAAACCUAAAUUUGUAGUAGAUCAGACCUAUCGUUCCUAUUAUAUCAACAAAGUUUAUAAAGAUCAAAAGCAUUGGUUCGAAAAAAAGAUUACCCAAACUACACUCAAAGGUCAUGAUAAAACUGUAUUCUGUGUCAAGAUUGUAUCUGACCAAUAUGCAUUAAGUGGUGGUGAUGAUAAAAAGCUAAAAAUUUGGGAUAUCAGCAGUGGAAAUAGUAAGAAGGGUAGUGGUGGUAAAUAUUUAUACUCUUUAAAGGGUCAUGGAAACGCAGUUAAAUCGGUAGAUUUUCAAAAUGAUUUCUCAAGAGUAUUCACUGCUUCAUCAGAUUUCACUUCAAAGAUUUGGAACGUAAAAACUAAAAAAGCUCUUUAUACAUAUACAGGCCAUCGUGAAGCGGUAACCUCAAUUAAUUAUUUAGGUGACAUCGAAAGUAAAUGUCUUACUGCUUCAUUAGAUAAAACCAUUCAAUUGUGGGAUUCAGAAACUGGUAGUUGUCUUUCAACACUUCGUGGUCAUACCGACGGUAUUCUAUCAGUGAAAUAUGACCAAUCAUCGGAACAACCAAAUAGAGCUGCAUUCUUUAAUCAUACUAUUGUUAGUGCAUCUUUGGAUAAAACUGCAAUUGUAUGGGAUACUAGAAUUUCAUCUGCUGUUAGAAAGUUUACUGAUCAUUGUGAUGAUUUGCUCUGCUGUUAUGUUUUCGACCAAAAAGUUAUCACUGGUUCAUGUGAUGGUAAAAUCAAACUUUGGGAUAUAGGUACAUGCAAAACCAUUAGCACUUUCACUCCAUCCGAAAACAAAGAUAAAAACUGGGUUUGGUGUUUACAAUUUGAUCAAUCAAAGAUCAUUUCUUCUGGUGUUACUGGUGUUAUUCGUAUUUGGGAUAUCUAUAACGAAAGGUCUUCUAGAAUUAUAGGUGGUCACCAUCAAACCAUUUUCUCUUUGCAUUAUAAAGAUCAAAAAUUAAUAACAGGUUCUCACGAUAAAAUGGUAAAAAUUUGGCAUAAUGAAGAUUAAAUAACUAAUAAUAAUAAUAAUAAUAAUAAAUAAUAAUGAAAUAAUGAUAAUCUAUAAUAAUGAAUAAUCUCUAAUAAUAAUCAAAAAUUAAUUUUAAUUAAUUAAUUUUAAAAUUAAAAAAUAAUUGUUAUAAAAAAAAUCAAAAAAUCUUUCCUUAAGAUAAUUAUUUUUUUUUUUCAAUAAUAGUUGUGAAAUUAAAGAUAAUAAUAACAAACUUUUUUUAUAAUAAAUCAAAAAUAAUUUGUAAAAU